UAAAUUUGCUUUACACUUUGGAAAUAGGUUCCCAAAAUAUGUGUGUCAUUAUUUUGGGUCUACAAAAUUAAAGUCGAAUUGAGAGUAGUUUUCCUGCCUUUGGCGCCCAAAUGGAGAGUGGCGAGGAGCAAAUGCAGCUGGAGCUGGACAGGAUUGUGACAUUAGGUCCUCAGAUCCGCAGCUUCGAUGAGCUUAUGACCCUGACCAACAACUCGGAGCGAAUGAUGGAGAGGGUGAACUCCAGUCUGGACGCACUAAAUGCCGCACUCGACAGAUUGGAGGAGCGAACGGACCAAGCCCUCGUGCAGAUUCAAAUGCUAAUCCGAUCGGGCAGGCAAUUGCAGAAUCCACAUGAUGGAUGUGGAGAUCCAGAUGCCAGGGCCUAGCAGGAAAACCAACUAAGAAUUUGUAGCUUAUUAUAAAAACUUCCAAAAAUAACAUAAUUUGAUAUCGUGUUCUAUAAAAUAAAAAUAAAAACCAAUAUUAUUUCAGAA